GAGCUCAAUUGCUCAUCCAUCUAAUCACUAUUUGCCUAACUCGUGGUCAAAAAAAUUAGUACCCACCUAUAUUACCAAUAACGAGAUGCCAUGUAAACCUUCAACUCUACUCGGCAGUGUAGACAAUCAUUUGCACCUGUUCCUCUUCUUGCACACCAAGUUAAACACAGAACCGAAACUCUGUGAUAACAAGUUCAAAUGGAGCAGUGAACGCAGGUAAAGUCCUCUCCUUUCAUUUCCUUUAAACCCAACAGGCAACAAGAGCAAACACAGGCGGAGAAAAGAAGACCCAAAGCCAAAGACGGGAUGAGAAUCACUGUAAUGACGGCAGAUGAACAGAUCCUUAGCUUAGAUGUUGAUCCUCAUGAAACUGUUGAAAAUUUGAAAGCUUUGCUGGAAGUGGAGACUAUGGUGCCACUGCAGCAGCAGCAAUUGCUGUAUAAUGGGAGGGAAAUGAAGAACUUUGAGAAAUUGAGUGCAUUGGGUGUUAAGGAUGAUGAUUUAGUUAUGAUGGUCUCCGGUGCUGUUUCUAGUGCACCUGCCAAUGAUUUGAGAUUCAAUCCCGACGGAUCUGCUGUGAACCCUGGAGCUUUGCAGCAACACAUUCGACGUGAUUCUAAUCUAAUUGGACAACUAUUUCAGACUGAUCCUGAACUUGCACAAGCUGUUGUUGGAAAUGAUCUCAACAAACUGCAGGACAUUCUGCGAGCUCGUCAUCAACAAAGAUCUCAAUUACGACGACGGGAGGAGGAGGAGAUUGCUCUUCUUCAGGCUGAUCCUUUUGAUGUUGAAGCACAGAGGAAAAUUGAAGCUGCAAUUCGGCAGAAAGGGAUUGAUGAGAACUGGGCUGCUGCCUUGGAAUAUAACCCUGAAGGUUUUGCAAGGGUGGUUAUGUUGUAUGUGGACAUGGAGGUUAAUGGUGUUCCAUUGAAGGCAUUUGUUGAUAGUGGUGCUCAGUCAACAAUAAUUUCAAGAAGCUGUGCUGAGCGAUGUGGAUUGCUGAGGCUUUUAGAUCAAAGAUAUAAAGGUAUUGCUCAUGGAGUUGGCCAAUCAGAGAUACUGGGACGAAUACACGUCGCUCCGAUCAAAAUUGGAAAUAUAUUUUAUCCUUGCUCUUUCUUGGUUUUGGACUCUCCAAAUAUGGAGUUUCUCUUUGGAUUGGAUAUGCUUCGUAAACACCAGUGUAUUAUUGAUUUGAAGGAGAAUGUUCUUAGAGUUGGAGGAGGAGAAGUUUCUGUACCAUUUUUGCAAGAAAAGGACAUCCCUUCUCGUUUCCUGGAAGAAGAAAGGUAUUCGAAGCAAGCAUCCAGCUCAGGGGCUGCUGUGAAAACUGGAACAACAGAGAAGAAUACUAAUGCGCAAUCUGGAAGUCAAUCUUCUGGAGGUGCACGCGGUGAUGUAACACAGAGACCUGAUUUUGAAGCCAAAGUUGCAAAGCUUGUUGAGCUGGGGUUUGCAAGAGAAAUGGUGAUAGAAGCUCUUAAAAUAUGUGAUGGCAAUGAAGAGCAGGCUGCUGGGAUUCUCUUUGGAGGCUGAAGAUGACUUGCAAUUUUCAUUCAUAGAAAUAAUGUUGAUUUCAGUUAUUCAACUACAAACUUUUACACAUUGCAAAUUCUAUACUUUAUAUCCAUUUGAUUUGAACUGUUUAUAAAUAACUGACCAAGUGUUGCAAUUCAAAACAAAGCUGGAACUGCUAUGAUUUUUCCUCAAUUGAAACAAUUUUUUUUAAACUGCAGAUUCAAUAGCCAUGUCCGUUACUGUUGGUACUGAGAUAUAUUAUAAUUGUCAAACAGACUUAUUUCCUCUUGAGAAGUUU